AGACUCUUGGCCUAGCCGGGAAGCUGCGCUGGGAGCUGGGCGGCUAUUCAGUUGGUGCAAGGAAAUUGUUCUGCAAACAAGCCAAGAACUGAGCACUUUGCAACAUGGUGCUGGUGGGAGCAGUACGUGUUGUCCCCAGUGGGAAAGUCUACCGGCAGAUCUUCGACGAUGAGGUGAACUUAGUAUGCUCUCUGGAAGAAGUGAGAAACAAGGCAGAGCAACAUAAGUUUCCUAUGAACAGUGGAAGGAUUCCUGUGGUUAGGGACUUGGAAAUGUGUGCUGGGAAAGGACUGUUAUCUCAUCGCCAGCAGAAAUGGGUUGAGGGAAUGCCCAAUGAUGACUUCACUGAAAAUCCAGUGUUGUACAGGGAAAUUACAUUUCGAAAAGCUCAAGAAAGUGAAGAUGUGAUUGCAGCCCGGGAAGUCAGAGGCCUCAGUGAUUUCAUUAUUCCUGAGAAGACAAACAGCAAUAUCAUUGAACGCCUCUCAGAGCGCAGACGAGGCCGUCAUAAUGAAGCAGUGGCUGUGUUACAGCAGGAGUUAGCCUGCAUUGGGAGGGAAAUGGAACCAUUCAUUUUGGAGUCUGGAAAGUUGCUUUUGACAAAACUAUCAGAAUCUGAUAGAGCUAUUGAACUUCUGUUCAAAAAGAUUGAAAGUGACACUGAUCUGGAAGCCUUUUCAAUCACAAGUUUUGGGGAGUUAUGGGAUGCCAUCUCCCAGGAGUCUUUGUAUAGAAGGCAGUGGAUUAAAGAGAUGGAUGAAACCUUAAUAAAGCUUGAAGUGGCUCGAGCUGAGAAAAUAAAAGAUUUACUGAGGAAAUAUACCAAGAUUCUGGAGGAUAUUUCUUAUCUCUCACCCUCUGAUGUGCACAGGUUCAUACAUACUGAAGCCAUGAUGAUAAACCAAGCCGUACUAGCCAAUCAGAGGGCAAUAGCCAAGUUGUUUGUUAAUCUGAUGGAGGCAGACCUGAAGAGGGAGCUGUCUCAAUGGCUCAAGUGGCAAGAGAGGCUGAAGGACUGGAAAACCAUACAGAAGGACUAUGUGGUUCGCAGUUUCAGAGAAUUUAUGGCAAGGAAGGAGGUACAGGAACCCACAGCUGUAAAAAGAGACUUGGAGAACAUGAUAAAGGACCAGAUUUCACUUAGUAGAAAGAGAAUGGAGCUUCUGCAAGUACUUUGUGAUUUGUUGCCUCCGACACAUUCAAAAGCGGAGAUAAAUGAAUGGUACGAAUCUCUUGUGGCUUUAAACAAGUAUAUAGACACCCAUAAUGUGCAGCAUAUGAUGAUAAUUCGCAUCCAAUAUGAGAGAGUUUGCCAGGAAUGUUUGGCCAAUGUACAGCUAUGCAAGAAUAAACUGUUGAGUUUAAAAGUUUGCACAGAGAAAGAGGCUGAAACAGUUGUGAAUCCUGACUUCUUCAAGAUGGUUGGAAGGCUGCAGAGUCAGUUUGAACAGGAGCUGGAACAGAUGGAUAGAGAUUUUGAGGAUCUGGCUAAACAUAUUGAACAGGAUUGCAAAGACUUGUACAAAUAUUUCCAGCAAGCUAUUGUCCUCUGGGAUGAACAUCAGCUAAAACUGUCCCAGCAAGAAAAUGAACUUCAGGUGAAACUGAAUGAGUGCCGGCGGAAGCAUGAAAACCUAAAUCAGAUAAGGGAAGCUAAUCUGGAUAUAAUUUUGGACAAACUGAGAACACAAAGCUCUGAGGGAAAGCUGAAGAGUCUUUUAGGAAAGGCCUUUGCUUCUCUGGAUGUCAUUAGAGCUGGGUAUGAGGCCUUUCACCAAGACAUAGUGAAGAUAGUAGCAUCCUACCCAGAAGCUAUACUGAAGGAAUUGAUUUCUUAUAGUUCAUCCAUUGGCCAGUAUUUUGGCGUGAAGGAAGUCUAUAAACAGGUGGGCUCUGCAUUUGAAGAGCAAGUAUUUGUUGAAGACUCAGAAGUUGAACAUAUGGCAGAGAUGACGGGGGAUAGCCUCCUACAAGAAACUGAAGAAACCGAGCCACAGGCUGAGAGCUUUCCACAAGGAAGUACAGAAGCAGAGCAGCAGGUUGAGAGCCUCACAAACAAAACUGAAGAAACAAAUACAGUUGAGAAUGAGGAGAGCAGUGUACAAGAAACUGAGGAAGCAGAGAAACCAGGGGAUGGGGAGAGCACAGCUCAGGAAAGUGAAGAAACUGAACACUUAGAGGACAGUGCAGAAAGUGAAGCAAAUAGGUUUGAGGAUGGAGACAGUCCUGCACAAGAGUAUGAAGAAAUGGAUUAUUUGAAAGAUAUUCUUCCUGAGUCUGAGGUUCUGUUCCAUGAUUAUGGUGAGGCUGAAAGCUGUGAAGUUAUAGCAGAGGUGUUCACCACCUCUAGUGGGAACGCUUACUCAGUCCUUGGACGUGAGGAGACAGGCAAGGCCAAGACCUCCGAGAUCUAUUAUGCUGAAUUUGCAGAAAAAACACUUCCUGUGUACCUGGAGAAUGUGCUUGUACCAGACAGCUUGUUUACAGAGCUUAAGAAACGGAUCCGCCUCUGCUUUUUUGAGCACCUCGAGAAGUGGUUUGCCCAAUCCUUGUCCAACUCCUGGAUCAUUGUAACUGCCAAGAAAGAGGAGCUGAAUUCGGAGCUGCAACUGCGUCUUCACAUGCAUCAGCCAAGGCGCGAGUGCAUAGAAAAGGAUAUCCAUAAUGUCAGGGCUGCGGAGCUGCUUCUUCACCAAGAGCGUCUGGAGUGUCACUGUGCAGGGGUGGUGGAAGCUCUGAACAAGGAGAAAAAUGAGUUUAUGAAACUCCGAGAGGACCAAAAUGACAUCAGCAAGAACUUCCGCAGAAGGAUCCAGGACAUGGAGGCCAUCUUCCUCAGUUCCACUAAGGCUGAAAAGUUGGUUGCUCUAAGCAACUCUCUGCACUCAGAGCUGCUUAAUCAUGUAGAAGUUAUCCAAAUAUCCCUGCGGAGUUACCGGAACUAUUUAGAAGAAGCCUUGGGGAAACUACGAGAUUCAAACGUGGACUUUCUUAAAGCUUGCAGAUUAUUUUCAGAGGGAGGUAACUUUUCUCCAGAAGAGGUGGAGUUCUUUUGUAAGCGUCUGGAGAAAGAAACAGGACGCAUUGACUUCAUUGAAGGCUUAAUCAUGAUUGAUAUGGAGAAAAUGGAGUCAAACUACUUAGAGCAAGCUACUGAGGUUAUCAACAAGUUUGAAACAAAAUUCCAUAAUCUUGCAAUGGAUCGUCUCUUCAUGGAGAAAAUCCAGCGGUUUCUAACAAAUCUACAAGUGAAAAUCAAAUCAGAGGUGGCAAACUCCAAUUUACAGGCACAGACAUUAAACUCCUCUCUGGAGAAAUUCCUUAAGAAAAUAGAUGCUUGUGCUCAUCCUACUGUGGAUAAAGAAGCUGUGACUUCGGAAGAACUGUAUGACGUUGCCAAAACUGUGAUGAAAGAACUGAAAAAAAGGAGCAAGUAUCUCAAUUGCCUGCUGGACCCCAUCCCAGCUCAGACAGAGUUUGCAUUACGAGGUUCCAUUGCAGCUGCAGUCCGAUCAGAGAGUCUCAAAGAGGAGAGUAGGAUGGUUAUGGGGAUAGACAAUGUUCCACUGUUGAAUCCAAGCAGAAUUGGAAAGUCAGUAAUUGAUGAUGUAGCAGUAAGCGUCAUCAAAAAUUUACUCCAAAUUCAGCAACCCAAGAAAUCUCCAGAACUGCGGCAUGAGAGAGAUGAUCGCUCACAGUCAGUAGCAGGAGCGAUUUAUCAACCCGUUUAUCAACCCGUUUAUCAGCCGAUUUAUCAACCCAUUUAUCAGCCGAUUUAUCAAGCAACUUAUCAGGCUCCCACAGCACAGAGAGGUUCUGUUUCAAAUCUGCAUGCUGAAGGUCCCCAGAACUCUGUUCCUUAUGGCAAUUUAUCUGUAGGACCCAAGAUGUCUAUCUCUGUAAACAAAAAGUUCUCAGUGGGGAGCAUACAAAAAUACUCGAGAUCUGGUCGAAUUGACAAGAAGUUCCACAUCUUUGGAGAGAAGCCUAAAGAAUCUGAUCAUUUUAAGGGGAUUAUCACCUGUAUUCUCUGGGAGGGUAAUGAUACCUUGCUGUAUCUUGCUGAGGAGUUUUACCGAAAGGAUAAGCAUCAAAUCACGAGGCCGGAAUAUCUGCAAGAGACAUUUGAUCAUUGUGCAGAAUUGUUUGGGCAGAAGCUCCUGUCUUAUCAGAGCCAGACGGAUGAUUACCAUAAUUCCUGCCUAAUAGAGUUCUGGGAUCAGUUGAAGUUGUUUGAAGAACAACUCCCUCAGGUCUCCCAUCUGGUUAUCGACAGCCUUCUUAAAGAGCAUGAGCAGCAGCUCAGACACUCCACUGAUCAGAUCCGGCAACUCUUCAAAGAACAGCUGGAAGAAUGGGACAAUGCAAAGGCUGAGAACAAGAACAAACUGCGUCCAGCUCUGGGGCACCCAGACAACUUACCCCAGCUGGAGGUUUUGUGCCAGGAGGAGUUAAGAAGACAAAAAGACCAAGCUGAUGGGAUACUCUUUAACACUCAGAAACUGCAGGCCUGUGCUGCUGAGUGUGCCCAGAAAUUUGUUUCUGCGCUAGCUAGCCUCACAGAAAACCUGCUUCUGGAGUUAGAUGAAAGUAUCACCGUUGAUGAUGUACAAGUAGCAAAAAUUGAAAUGCCGAAAGAGAAGAUCUCCACCUUAAUCCGUCGUAAACGAGCUGGGCUUUCUUUAGAGAUCCAUGACGUUAAGCCGUUAACUGAACGUGGCAGCAGGACCUGGCCAGGAAUACCCAAGACCACGCUUACAGACGUUCCAGACCAUAUUCUCUGCAGAGAAACUGCCUCUGUGACAACAGCCAAAACUACUCUGGGUCAUGUUUCAGCAGAAGAAGCAAGAGAUGCAGCCUAUGUGAAAUAUAAGCAUAAGCUGGAAGAGGAGUUUGCGAAGAUUAAGGAGGAAAAGACAGCCCAGCUAAUGAAGGCUCAACGCUGGGAGGGUUGGUGGAAACAAUCCAUUCAGAAGAUAAAGCAGCUGUAUGCUUGAACCUCAUGUUACAUAUACAUCUGUGUUAAUAAUA